CUAUGGCAUCACCUUCCGAUGCGCAAAAGUAUUUAAGGGCCUCAAUCUUGCAUUCACGGAUUCAUCAUCGAGCAACCUACACUCGCUUCAGCUGCUCCUUCGUCCGCUCGCUUCGUUUCCGACUCCUCGACGCCAUGAGGUCUCCUACUGUGCUGGCUGUUCUUGCAGCCCUUCCGGCCAUUUCUGCCCAGGUGACUUCGGCACCGGCCACGCGAAUUUCGACGGUCUUCUCUACGGAGACCGGUCUGCCAUGCUCUACUCUCAAAGGGCCGACUCCCUUUGUCAUCUUUGGGAUCACGACCAGCUUCCAAUUCACCUACACCGUUACGCAGAACAAUACGCUCCCUCCUAGCACUUUCCAUUCUGCGAACACUGUCACCGUUACACGUAACUCAACUACAGUGACGAGCCUCUUGACAACCACUGCCACUGCCACUAUCACGAGCACCGUUACACCGGCUGUGGUCACUGUCUCGCCGUCGCCUGGAUGGCUCCCACUUCAGGGUGCGCAAGCCGUUGCAUCUGCUACACCCCUGCCUCGCAUCGCACGUGGUGCACUCGAAGGCCAAUCUAUGCCAUUUAAUCUCUUCAAACGCGAUGAACCCAUCACCAGGCAGAUUGGAUGGAUUGCAGACCCCGAAACGGGCGCGCGUGUGCCGAUCGAGAGGACCUGGUACACUCUCGCUGUCUUCUGUCCCGUCCGCGUCACCCAGAGCCUCGAAUACUAUGUCACCGACCCAGAUGUCACGACCACCCAGCAAGCUACUGGUACAGCCGUUGCUACCACCACUGUCACCACGACUACGUCCACAAUUGUGUCCGCGCCAACACCAACUUUCUGGGCUGCUUGCCAGGCUAACAACAUUGUGAAUCACAUCGACUACGACGUCAACGGCAAGCCUUUGUACUUCGAUGGCGUCUACUUCAGGCGCGGAAGUGGUAAUAAUACCGACAUUAACGAAAUCGGCGUCGACGCCACAAACGCAGUCGACUGCUGCAUCAGGUGCCAGUCCGCUCCCGAGGGCUGCUCCGAAGCCUUCUUCGUCCCCGGCGAAGGCAAAUGCCAAAUGCGCCUCCGCCGCACCAUCAGCCCCGUCGCCGGCGUUGCCGCACUCGUCGUGCCCUCGGAAUUCCCUACUGGCACCGCCACCGGCGCACUCGCCGCCUCCACGGGCGGCGUAAACAUCAACGCCGUGUGCCCCGGCGGCUCGAUGAGCGACUACGUAGGCGUGAUCCGCGGGCGCGAGGGCUUCAACCCCAAGUUCGCGUGGAGCUUCACCAACGGGCCGUGUGGUCGUCUCAGCGUCAACACCGUGCCGCAGGACUUCCCCGCUAAUGUCACGGUGCCCGAGGUUGGGAGUGCGGAGAGUGGCGUGGCGACAGUGGAGAGGCCGUUCAAGAGGGCGGUUAAAGAGCUGUCUGGCUAAAUGCUCUGUUCGCAUGAGAAACGGGUAGUCUGCCUGCUAGACUGGGGGUGGGGAUGGUGUAGGUGUUCCUUGUCUUCUCUUCUACCGAACCUGUAGGGUUGUUUUAGUAGUCUGCCUUUGGGUUGCCCAUGUCGCUCGUUUACAUUCCUGGGCUGCGUUUGGGGUUUGGAUUUUGUGUCGGGCGUUGGGUCUGGCUUCGCUGUAGAAUCUUGUGCGGACGAG